GGUAGUAGAGAAUCUUGACGUCAUUUUUACGCGCCGGAAGGAAACGGCUAACAGAAAAAGAAAGACGCUAGGUAUCUAGCUAAACUAGGAAAAAGUUCCGUGCAAAGUUUUUGUUCGUGUGAAUGCGCGAAUUUUAAUAUUUUGAAACGAAUUUAUGUUUUCUCCACGCACGGUUACCUAGGUAACAUCAUGGCGUAAAUGUGAAUCUCCGCACACUAACGCACAAAAAAACAACAACAACGACAUCGUUGAAGAUCCGGAUGUAAUCAUGAAGAAUUGCGUGUAAAUGUUAGAUUCUGAUUCGAUAACGAGAAACUGAGGGACAUGUGAGAUGUCGGAAUAAAACACCCGACCGUGAAGUGAGCGCCUGAGGGUCCGUAACCAUGGCGAAGCCGUUCACCAUCGACGAUGCCUUCUCAUUGGAGGGGGAGGAGGAAGGGGCGGGGCCAGAGGAGGAUUUGGACGGAUGGAAGGAUAGAGAGAGAGAGCGGGAUGGAGAGAUGACGUUCGGCCCCCUGACUUUCUCCAAACCACAGAGUCUUCCCUCCUCCACCGGAGCGAUGGAUCACAGCAACCUCAAAUACCAGAACCUGGAGAAUGAAGAGGCUUUGGGCAGUCCUGUAAACUCCACCUUCAACAACCUUUUUAAAAUCAGUGAUCCAGCCACACUCUCCUACUGCAGCUCUCAGUGGUCAUUCAGCACACUCAGCUCCGUUACACAGCUCUCUGCACACUGCUGCGGGUGGACGUCUCAUCCUUUAAUAAAAAAGAACAGGAGAGUGGUGCUCGCCUCAUUCCUCCUCCUCAUCACUGGAGUUGCUCUGAUUUUUACAGGCAUUGUCCUCGAGUUAAACCCACAUGCAGAGGUUUCAAGUGCGAUUUUCUUCGUCUCUGGAUUUCUUCUCUUCAUUCCUGGUGUUUACCACGUGAUCUACAUAAGCUGUGCUGUUAGAGGGCGAAGGGGAUUCAAGUUCUUUUACCUGCCGUACUUUGAGAAAUAGUGACUCUCUCUCUCUCUCUCUCUCUCUCUCUCUCUCUCUGUCUCGCUUCAGAUUUCUCCAGAGCCUUUCAUUUUUUAAAAAAUGUUUUCAAUCAAUCACAAAAUACAGAAAUGAGGUGAAGCUCUAUAGGUAAUGCUUUACAAAAAGAUUCCCUUAAUUAACAUUAGUUAACAAAUUAUCAAUGUGAACAAUAAUACACCAUUAAUAAUAUUAAAGUAAUCAACAUUUAUAUUAAUUGAAUUGUUUACACAGUAACAUUUAUUCAUUAAUUACUGAAAAUAAUGUUUUACAAAAAGCUUGCGCUGGUUAAUUUGUGGAAAUCUAAUAUUUAAUCCCACUGACCUGAGUUCAUCUGAUCAAUAUUUUAUCAUUUAUUUCCAUGGCAUGGAUUCAUCUUUCAUUAUUGAUGAAAUGCAAGAGAUAAAACACUCCAUGUUGUGCUGUUACGGGAAAAUAAUCAACGUCUGGGUGGAGUGGUGCAGGUGAAGCGGAGUUACUGUUACCACUCUGUAAAUAAUUGAUUAAUUUCCUGUAACAGCACAUCCUGAAGUGUUUUAUUCCUAAUAUUCCACAGCAAUCUGGGAAUUAUUAAAAUAUUUUAUUUAUUAAUGAACAUCGUAAUUUUUAUCUGUUUAUAGUUACGUUUAAUGUUGUGGAACAUCCAUGAAACAAGUUCCUGAUCUCACUUACGUUAUAGCAGCUGUAAACAGUUGUUCCCUCACCAGCCUCUUUUUUUCUCUCUCUUGAAUUUAAUAAGAGGGGAAAAAAAACCCUGCAGCUUAUCACGUUCCUGAGAAACACGAAGCGUAAACUCCUCUGUCCUGAAGACUAAACUGAAAAGAUAACGUAUUAGAAGCAGAAUUCAACAGUGCUGUGGUAAAAAUAUUAUUCAUGCGAGAAUUUGAACAAUCGUUUAGCACAAGUGUUGAUGACUUUAACAUUAAUUAUGGUUUAAUAAUGUUAACUAAUGCCAUAAAUGAUGUUUGUGAACGUAAAGGUAAAGCGUUCCUGCUGUAUUUGUGCAAUCGUGAUGUUAAAUCCUGUGAACAGUCCUCUCAUUUCAGGAUAUAAGCUCAAUAUAUCCAAGUAGCUUUACUUUGCACAUUACACAUCGUAGAUCCAGUUUCAGGGGCAGACACACAGCUACUGAGCUGAAAUCACACUCUUAAUUAAUUAUUCAUUUUUUUUAUAUUAGCUUAUUAGAUUUUUUUUAGAUACUUUUUAACCCUAAAUGGACGGCAUUGACUACAGUCCUGCUGUAGGAGCCGUUCAGGGAAAAAAAAUGCUUUGCCAUGAAAAGAUGGGUGUAACUUUUGAAAAGAUAGUGAUGACGGACCUCGUCAGAAAUCUUGAAUGAAGUGAUGAAGUGCCACGUUUCCUUUCCCUGCACUGUUUUUAAUCUUUAAUGAACUAAUACCACUACUAACACUUUGUACCACUGUAAAGCUCAGUGAACUUCCAUCACGUCUGCAUGGAAGAGUGAUUUUAUUUUUUUGUCUGUGUUUUUUUUAAUCAAUGUGACACUACAAUAAAACAUUUUUUUAAUAA